AUGGCGUAUCGAAUGUCUUCGUAUUCGAACAAUUCUUCUGCCCAGCAGCGGACAAACACCAUGCAGCAGGCCUCCACACAAGUCUCCACCACCACGCUGUUGAACGCUCUGCACAGCUCCUUCUCGUCCGGAGCGCCAUAUCAACUGGAGUCGAGCACGAGUCUGGUCGUCAACACUUGGGUUACAGCCUCCAGCACUGGCCCGGACGGGCGAUAUGGCGGCACCGUAGACUCCGAGCUUGCCCGCAGAACAUGGGAACACGCCAGGAGACGAGCUGAAGAUGGCUGCAUCAUUCUAGGGUAAGAGUCAGGAGCGCUGUGUGAUGAGAUGAUGAUAUGCUGAUACUCUUGACCAGCUCCCUCCACCACUCUACCCCCUCCCUCUUCGCAUCAUUCGCUUCUGCUCUUCCUCUUUCCGUGCCGGGCACAUUCUACACCGCCCUUAAUGCUUUAAAGCCUUUCCUACAUUGCGUUACGCCUUUCAAUCCAUCCUUGCCACGCUACUCCGCCUUCGCCGGCGUCUUUACCUUCACCUUGACUGGCGAGAUCACCGGGGCUUCGCUAUGCCUAUCCACGUCGGGCAUUGACACACAGAAUGGCUUGCUUAAUGUUCCAGCAGAGCCUGGGUACCGCGCCUUCGACGUCUUCUAUUACCUCCUGACUUCCCAGUCACCGCAGGAACGCGAGUUUCUGGGACUGAAGGCACCAAACCAGUACACCCUCCUCCGAAAGUCCGAGACCUAUCGAGCGCCAUCCUAUUUACCAACCGCCGACGAUGCAGCUGCCGCAGAGGACCUCCGAGAGUCGCUCAAGUCAAUUGGCAUCAAGGGCAAAGCUUUACGCAACUUGCUCUCUGUCAUUGCCGCCAUUCUGCGCCUGGGCGAUGCCAUCGGCUUCCUGGUCGAUCAGGAAGAGCUGGAAGCGGUCUGUGAAGAGGUGGGCGAGCUGCUCGACUUGGACCCAGAGGUGAUUCUAAAGAAAUGUGUCACGGAGGAGCGUGAGGUCCUGAUGGGCGCCAUCUACGAAGCGCUCGUCGACUGGGUAAUCAUGCAGGCCAACGACGCUAUCAGGACUGAGAUCCGCUCCGGAAGAGCGUUGAGCGACGGAAGUGAGAGCGGACAAGCCACACCACCCAGCAGCGCGGAUGAUGCGGACAGCGUCAGUAUCACCCUCGUGGAUGUGCCUGCUCAGACUCUCGGCAAGGCAGCUGCUCUGAAAACAGUCUUCGACGAUAGCAAUGGGAUCAACGCUGAAAUGAAGGAGGAUGGCGUGCCAAUAGUUCCGGCCGGCUCCUCGGUCAUCCGCGAGAUGAAGGACGCCGUAUCACAAGACGAGGCGGACCUGGACAUCCCCGGCAGUCAUGCUCUCAGAGAACGUGAGGCCGAGAUGGACCGCAGACAAGGCGUAUUGGAGAAGGUCGGCUCGGAAACGGACGACGACAGCUUUCUCCGAGCAAUUCUCUACCCCCUCUCUGGCCAUGGCAUCAAUCUUGGUAAGACCGGCCGCUUCUCUCUGAUGAAUGUCCUGGGCAGCAGCAGAGUCUGGUUCCAGCUUUGCUUGCAUCCCAGCGAUGACGCUCCCGCGUCUUUCGCCAGCCAAGCACCAGGCUCCAUCCCUUGGUCCGCUGGCGCCGUUUCCAGCCAGAUCCGCGCGUGGAGACUGCCAGAAUGGGCGAACUUCCGGACCAGGCAACUGGACUUUACUGCAGAUUUCGAUGUGGAUGAGUUCGUUGAUCGUUAUCGUCCUUUGGGAUGCUCAGACGGCAAGGAGGGCGUCGAGACCUGGCUUAUUGAACGAGGCUGGAGCAAUGGCGAAGUGGUUGUUGGCCACGAGCGCAUCUGGAUGCGGGAAUCAGCCUACUGGGAGGCCGAGAGCAUGCUUGAUAUGAAGCCAUCAGACGAUUCACGCGACCUACCACCCCAUAUCCUGGGUGGGAUGGUCGGCGCGGCUGGUAUAGAGACCGGAUACUCACCGCAGAAUGGUGGUCUCGACGGUGGCUUUCACCAUGACGAUGGCAGCCGGGAAACGAUGAUCGGACGACAGCCUAGUCAGAUUGCUCCAAGUCGCAUGGGUGCCAAAUCCCUUGCUCCCACUAUGGCGCAGACUGUCCGCAGUGUAGGCGGAGGCGACUAUGGUCUCGGAUUCAAGGGAGACGACAAGCGCAACUACGUCGGCUUUGAGGGCGAGAUCGAUGCUGAGCUCACUGCCGGCAAGGACGUGAUUGUUCAGAAGACGACGCCUGGCAGACGAGCAUGGGUCUUCCUCACAUGGGCUCUGACGUUCUGGAUACCGUCACCUCUGCUAAAGCACAUUGGUCGCAUGAAGCGACCUGAUGUGCGAAUGGCUUGGCGUGAGAAGUUCGCUCUCAUGAUCCUCAUUGCUCUUCUGAACGGCAUUGUUGUCUUCUACAUUGUGGGGUUUGGCAAGCUGCUAUGUCCGAAUCGUGACAAGGUCUGGAAUCGUAAGCAGGUCUCAUAUCACCAAGGCGACGACGACUUCUACGUGUCUUUCCGGGGCGGUGUCUAUGAUCUCUCCAAGUUCUGGAAGUUGCAGCACUCCGACACCAGCAUCGACACAACCACAACGAAUAUGCAGCCUUUCGCCGGAACGGACGUGACAGAGUACAUUGUUCCGCCUUUGACAAUCGCCUGUCAAGGCCUGGUCCCAACAGCCUCUACUUCGCUAUACCUGCAGAGUAAUACCACGCUUUUAUACCCGAACGCAGAGCACAAAUCCGGACCCACGAUGCAGCCGGACACGACGACCAAGCUUCACAGCCUGGACUGGUACAAGGACGACUUCCUACCGCGUAUGAAGGAAUACUACAAGGGCGAACUCGUGUACGAAAAGAAGACUGUCGCCAGCGAUGGCGAGAAGUACAGCCGAAAGUGGUUCAUCAUCGACAAUGUGGUCUACGACAUGACCGACUACUUCUACACCCAAAAACUGGAGAAUGACCUGGCCUCGUACAGCUUCUUUCCGGAUGAUGUUGAGAACUUGGUCAACCAGAAUCCCGGUGGUGAUAUCACCAAAGAUUGGAACAGUCAACUGAACGCGACAACAAAGGGAAACAGUAUCAACUGCCUGAACAACAUGUUCAAGAUUGGCUAUACCGACUUCCGUGACAGUGCUCGCUGCCAAGUCAACAAUUACAUUCUGCUGGCCUUUACUAUCGUCCUGUGCAUUGUCAUUGCCACAAAAUUCUUGGCUGCACUGCAACUUGGUUCCAAGCGCAGGCCUGCACAGCAGGACAAGUUCGUCAUCUGCCAAGUGCCGGCCUACACUGAAGGUGAAGACUCUCUCCGGAAAGGCCUGGACUCACUUACGGCGCUGGCUUACGACAACAAAAGGAAGCUUAUCUGCGUUAUUUGCGACGGUAUGAUCGUCGGAGGUGGUAAUGACAGGCCGACUCCCAAGAUUGUGCUUGAUAUCCUCGGCGUCGACCCCAAGAUCGAUCCCCCGGCUCUGCCUUUCAAGUCGCUCGGCGUUGGCGGCGAGCAGCUCAACUACGGCAAAGUGUACUCUGGCUUGUACGAGUACGAAGGUAAUGUCGUCCCGUACCUGGUCGUUGUGAAAGUCGGCAAGGAGUCGGAACAAAGCAAGUCCAAGCCGGGUAACCGGGGAAAGCGAGACUCUCAGAUCCUGCUCAUGAGCUUCUUGAACCGUGUCCACCACCGCUCCGCCAUGAGUCCUCUGGAACUCGAGAUGUUCCAUCAAAUCAACAACAUCAUUGGUGUCGACCCUGAGCUCUACGAAUACCUAUUCAUGGUUGACGCCGAUACCAAGGUCAAGGAAGACUCGCUCAAUCGACUGGUCGCAUCAUGUGCCAAUGACGCGAAGAUUGCUGGUAUCUGUGGUGAAACAUCUCUGGAGAAUGAAGAACGCAGUUGGUGGACCAUGAUUCAGGUCUACGAAUACUACAUCUCCCAUCACUUGGCUAAGGCUUUCGAAAGUUUGUUCGGCAGUGUGACUUGUUUGCCGGGAUGGUGAGUGUUCUCCUUUAGGGAGUGUCUGACUGAGCUAACAACCUUCCUAGUUUCUGCAUGUACCGACUUCGAACAGCAGACAAGGGACGACCCCUCAUCAUCGCCGAUAAGAUCAUCAACGAGUACUCCGAAAACAAUCUCGACACGUUGCAUAAGAAGAACUUGUUCUCUCUUGGUGAGGAUCGUUACUUGACGACCAUCAUGACCAAGCACUUUCCAGCCAUGUCUUACAAGUUCUUGCCUGACGCGUACGCGCUCACUGAAGCUCCGUCUCGGUGGAGUGUGCUGCUGUCGCAGAGACGUCGCUGGAUCAACUCAACCAUCCACAACUUGGCGGAGAUGUUGCAAGUCGACCUUUGCGGCUUCUGCUGUUUCUCCAUGCGCUUCGUUGUCUUCAUCGACCUCUUCGGUACUCUCAUCCUCCCGGCGACCUUUGCCUACCUUGUCUACCUCAUCUAUGCUGUUGCCUCUGGCACCGGACAAUUCCCUCUGAUCUCCAUUGUCAUGUUGGCAGCUGUGUAUGGUCUCCAGGCAAUCAUCUUCAUCAUCAAGAGACAGUGGCAGCACAUUGGAUGGAUGAUUAUCUACAUCAUGGCAUUACCAAUCUGGUCAUUGAUUCUUCCGGUCUACUCAUUCUGGAAGCAGGAUGACUUCUCGUGGGGAAACACCCGUAUCGUUAUCGGCGAGAAGGGUGAUCAGAAGCUGGUCGCCAUUGAUGAAGAAGGCUUUGAUCCCCGCAGCAUUCCCCUCCAACGAUGGGACGAUUAUGCUUUGACCAACAACCUCCCAGGCCGUCGUGGCGUCUAUCCGGAGAAAGACCCUGCUAUGUACCAGGACGGUGGGUACGAGAUGGACGACAUGCACUCGGUGUACUCGUCUGUGAAGCCGGCUUCGACGAUUCUUACUGGGUUCCCUCAACAUCAGUCUUUCCGGCCGCCUCAGUCGCCCGGUCCAUUUCAGGCAAUGGGAAGGCAGUCGGCCUUCUCAUCCUACCGAGACAAUCCUCAGCCACACGAGCAGCAGCGGCUGAUGUCGAUGGGUGGCAUGAGCGACCACAACCGACAAUCACCCUACAGCCCUCGCCAUCAAUCGCAAGAGAACCUCCUGGGCGGUGGCAUGAACGGCAUGAGCUCCCCGAACCUCCACCAAGGACCGCCUCGGAAUCGGUCACCACUUGGAGGAGGUCAGCAGGGCAUGGGCAUCAGUCGGCCUGGUAGCACCAAUCCAGCCGCUCAGCUGUCUGGUCUCGGUGGUUUCCAGACACAGGGUCCCACCAACGAGAUGAUCUCCGCCGCUGUGAGCGAGUGCCUGAACGAGGUUGACAUGGACUCUGUCACCAAGAAACAGCUGAAGGCGCUGGCGGAGCAGAAGCUGCAAUGUCAACUUGGUGGAGACAAGAAGAGUUUCCUGGAUUUCGAAAUCGACCGUCAGCUCGCGAUGAUGUAG